CUUCUUUGCUUUAAAUGGCAAGAUAGCAAAACAGAGCGUGAAGGGGUGCACCUCCUCUAUCUCUAUAUAUAAGAUUCCUCUCUAUGUGCUCUUCGCGGACACAACACAAGCUUUCACUCCUCUCGGACCUCUUCUUUAUGUGUCUUUUCGAGAUCUGUGCUUAAACCUUCAUUUGCUUUCCUUUAUUCGGCAGAAGAACUUUACCUUGUGCUGUGUACACAUCUAAAGGUGCCAGCUGCGAUGAUUGAUAUCGAGAUGGAUGCUGAAAUUGCUUCAGAUAUGGUUCCGCCCAUUGAAACUCCAAACAAUGUUCCUGUCUCUCAUCAUUCUUCACAUCCUCCUCUUAAUGAGAGGAUUAUUUCAUCCAUGACCAGGAGAUCUGUUGCUGCACACCCUUGGCAUGACCUUGAGAUAGGACCUGGAGCUCCAAAGAUCUUCAAUUGCGUGGUUGAGAUUGGGAAAGGGAGCAAGGUAAAAUAUGAACUUGACAAGAAAACGGGACUUAUUAUGGUCGAUCGUGUACUUUACUCGUCAGUGGUAUAUCCCCACAAUUAUGGGUUUAUCCCACGUACUAUUUGUGAGGACGGUGAUCCCAUGGAUGUCUUGAUUAUUAUGCAGGAGCCAGUUCUUCCAGGUUGCUUUCUUCGGGCCAAAGCAAUUGGUCUCAUGCCCAUGAUUGAUCAGGGCGAGAAAGAUGAUAAAAUAAUUGCUGUCUGUGCUGAUGAUCCAGAGUAUCGACAUUAUAAUGAUAUCAAGGAGCUUCCUCCACAUCGUCUAGCUGAAAUUCGUCGUUUUUUUGAAGACUACAAGAAGAAUGAGAACAAGGAAGUUGCAGUAGACGACUUUCUGCCUGCCUCAGCUGCUUUUGAAGCGAUUAAACGCUCCAUGAGCUUGUAUGCGGACUACAUAGUGGAGGGCCUAAGGCGUUGAUGCACGCCGUGGAUUUUGUUUGGUCGUCCUCAUGAUUGGAAAACAUUCUUUUGAAUGGCCACUUUCUUAUUAUUAUCGAUGAUUAUGAUGAAAAAAAAAAAAAGAUUAUGAUUUAGUCGCAUGUGCGUCUCUCAAAGCAUAUUCUACGCACUUUGUGUUUAAUUUCAAAUGUUUUUUUCUCUGCACUGCUGGAUGUUAUUCAAUACGUGUUUAUAGCAUAUGCAAUAUGAAUCCCUAC